AUGGGAUACACCAUAUCUUUUUCUCAAGGUGUUGUAGAAGGAGUUGUUGAAAAAAAGAUUGUGAAUCGGAUGAUGAAAAAUUCGAGGAGUUAUUCACGGAUCCGAAUCGAUGGUGAUGAUAAACCUAGGGUCGUGGAGUUUAAUGAAGAGAAGGAACUAUACAACCCAAGCUUAAAGGUUGGAAUGUUGUUUAGGGAUUUUGAGCAGCUGAAGAAGGCAUGCAGAAACUGGGGAAUUAAUAAUAAAUUUCAGGUAUGGUUCCCACAAAAUAAUAAAAAGAGAGUGAUUUGUGCAUGCCACAACAAACAAUGCUCUUUUAGGAUUUAUGCAGCUCGCAUGAGCAAAGACAAUCCAUUAGUGCAAAUCAAGAGUGUCAAUUUUGAUCACACAUGUGGAAAGGUUUUCACCAAUUUUCAUGGUACUUCAAAGUGGCUUGCUAUUAAAUAUCUUGACAAAUUUAGAGCUGAUCCAAACUGGAGCUACAAUGGGAUAAUUAAACAAGUUAAAGAUGACCAUGGUUUCAGAAUCUCUAGUAUGAAAGCUUGGAGAACCAAAAAUUUGGCAAUGAAGUGGGUCAAUGGAGAUGAAGCUGAGCAAUAUACAAAGCUUAUCCGGUAUGCAGCUGAGCUUAGGCAGAGUAAUCCAGGCACGACGGUGAUAUUAUGGAGGGAUGAAGGUGUUUUUAAAGGGUUUUAUGUUUGCUUGAAGCCCUUAAAAGAUGCAUUCCGGUCAGUGGUUUUGAUUGAAAACAGAGAAAGUUGGACUUGGUUUAUGGAGGCUUUAAGGGAUGAUUUGGAGAUUUGGAAUAGCAAAUAUGUCACCAUAAUGAGUGAUCGGCAAAAGGGAGAAAUUCAGAGGUAUAUACUUGAUGCAAGAGAUAAGGGAAUCAUCACAAUGCUUGAGAUGAUCAAGGUGAAGUUGAUGAGGAGAAUGAAAAAGAAGAAAGAACAGAUGUUGAAGUACAAGGGCAAUAUAUGCCCAAAAAUUCAAAAGAAACUUAAUAAGAUGAAAGAAGAAUCACUACUACACACCAGAUUUUUCAGGUUCACUGGGCCCCGCCUUCUGAGUCUGCGGCCGUUUGUCAGCGCACCAGGUUCGGGGCGUGAUAACUGGAUGCUAAAUGCAGAAUUUGUGCAUGUUUUUGGUGCAGAAUUUCCUGCAGAUGCAGAAUUUGUGUAG